AAGAAAGUUGGAGUUGUGAUCCGAUAGUUCAUCCAAAAUUGUAGGUGAAAGAUGGUUGCUGAUUCUGACACUUGUCAUCACCCGACCCGAAACGGGUUGCAUUUGGACCGCAAUUUGCCCGAAAUUUGGCGUUCAUUUGCGUUUGUUUUGAUCGUUUUUUUGGUUUUGUCCGUACUCUCUUUCCAAGUGCAGUGUCCACCAUCACAGUCCGGUUUUUCUAUAAAUACUCCACGCUUUGUGCUUCAUUCCUCGCUUUCUUUUUCCUUUUCUUUUAGUUUCAAUUAGAGAGAGAGUGACUUUCCUAGAGAGAGAGUUAGGUUUUUUUGUUUUUCAUCAAUUUUUGUUGUUUGUUUUUGUGGUUUUGGUUUGUGUUUUCUAUCCUUGUUUUGUAGGUACUGAGGAGGAAGAAAACUCGGGAAGAUUGAUUUUGGUUGAACAGCGUACGAUUUGGGAAAGGCCUUGAAGUUGGAGUGUAUUAGAUUGGAAUCUUAGAAGUUGCUGUUUGGAUUUUCGAUCGAAAGAAUGGAGGUAUAUGGCAAAUCUAUGGUUGCAGCUCCUGCAAAUGUUAUUUAUCUGUCAAGUAUUUUGGGCCAAGAUGGUCCUGUUCCUGUUCACAAAUGUGACUGGAAAUGUCAAAAUGAAAAUGUUUGCGGGAACAUGUACCGCUGCAAGCUAACAGGGCUGACUCACAUCUGUGAUAAAAACUGUAACCAGAGAAUUCUGUAUGAUAAUCAUAGCUCUCUUUGCCUAGCAAGUGGCAAAAUUUUCCCCCUUUCGCAAGAAGAGGAACAAGCUGUGAGAGGUGUUCGCAGAAAGCUUGAUGCAGAGAAUUCGCUCGCUGAUAGCUGUGGUUGUAAGCGGAGGCGUGAUGCACAAUUCCACCCGUCUCCUUUCGAGAGAUCCUUCUCUGCUGUCAGUCCUAUCUGCAGCCAAGUUGGAGAUGGCAUGGAUAUGAGCUAGAUAUCUAUUAUUCAACUAAGAAGACUCUGUCAUUUGACUCAUUUUCUCUUAUCCUUUUGAAAUUGCUUUUUUACUUUUUCUAUCGAUAACAGAACUUGAUCGUAUUUGGUGGACUUGAUGUGUCCCCAUGUGCUGUAGGAAGUACUUACUUAUAUUUCUAGCAUUAAUGUAAUGCAGUAUUUGAGGUAGUUUUGCUUGACUGUUGAAUGGGGAUUUGAGCAGUAUCUAUGCACUAGUUUAUGGCACAUGAAUUGACUUUGGUUUCAGUUUUGGGUUAACCUUAUUGAGAGUCAGACUUUGAAAACUGACAAAAGGAUGUGUUCUGGCAUUUUAGAAUGCUUGAAUUUGAUUAUUGACCCGAAUGAUGUAUACUCGGGAAAUGUAUUCAAGUUUCUACUUUAUCUGUAUUCUCAAGGCAGCCAUAUUAUGGUAAGGCAGCCAUAUUAUGGUAUUAGUGUACUCAUUAAUAAUGCUACUGUCCUGAAUUGUAUUAUUUAACUUCUAGGGUUAUGAUAGACACCGAGUUUUGUAAGUUCAGGUUCCCUCCAGUUCCUCAUAUGAACAAGGUUGUCGGUAGGUUAUCUGGUGAAAUCUGAUAUAGUUUUUCACAUGUUUAUUUGUUUUAAUUCUCUUUUGAUUUUCUUUUCAGCUUGAUGUCUGUGGUUAGAUGUAACCCAUGCAGGUUUUUGAAGCUUGUGCUGCAAAGGAACACUCGAAACAUGCGUUGCAUACUGACUACUAACUAAAUUCUUUUGAUAUAGAAUCCCUAUACAUUAUAACCUGAAAUGUUAAGGAAUAUCAUUUUCUUGAUGCAGGUACAGGGGCUUGCAAAUUCUGCUUGAGUCUGUCUUGGAAUAUGGAGGAAGAGGACAGUUAUGUGAUGAGCUCAGGCAAAUAAUCAUGAUCUUGAUAUGCUAAGUGGAAACAAAAGGAUUGAGUUGAGAGCAGUUAUGAUGUGGAUUGUGGCAUUGAGCAAAUAAUUGGGACCUUAGCGGGAUACUUAUCAUCAUCAUCAUCAUCGCCAUUUAUCUAUCAAAAACUGAUAAUUAGACCUCUAUAUAGAAAGCAAUACAGCUGGUUUCUUCUCAAUAUUUUCUGGUAUGUUUUUUAAGCUGAUGUAAAUUUUUUUGGUACAUAAGCAGGUGGAUAAUUUAAUGUCUUCGAAUUCAGAGGUUUUGUGAUGUAUGUCUUAUUCUGGGUUAUGGUAUUCUUCAACCAAUGAAAUUUGGAGGAUUAUUAUUCGAA